GACCUUAUUUGGAACCGGAAAUUACCAAGAUAAUGCCGGAAGCUAGAGCGGAUGUGAUGUAAUUGCCACCAGAACGAAGAGGCAUGGUUUCACGGAGGUGACCUACAGUUUGAAACCGUAAUGUAACAAGGCUUGCGAAUCUUGCAAUAGCAUACUGUAUGUAAUUGGUGUGGCUGGUAUUUAGCUUUGCAACGUAGCCAAACCGUAUCUUCUAACAGUUAGAAUUCCGUUUGAAUACCCACGCUACUGAGAGCAACGUUUGAAAUGGCAGAGGCGCAUCAAGCUCGUGUACAGAAAACCAUAGAGGAUAUGGUUCAAAGUUUAGAACGGGACCACAUCCGCAAGAUGCAAGGACUCAUGUUCAAGUGCAGUGCAGAGUGCUGUGAGCGCUCCACAGACUCCAUGUCGCAGGUGCACAAUUGUAUUGAACGCUGCCACGCUCCUCUGGCGCAGGCCCAAGGACUAGUGACCAAUGAACUAGAGAAGUUUCAGGACCGGCUGACCAGGUGCACCAUGCAUUGCAAUGACAAGGCCAGGGACCUGUUUGACUCUGGUGCCAAGGAGCCAGCUGUGCGGGCCAUGAUGGAGAACUGCGUGGGAAGCUGUGUGGACGACCACAUCAACCUGAUCCCCAGCAUGACGCACAGACUCAAAGAGAACCUGGACUCUAUUCCACAGUGAGGAGGAGGGAACCAGCUUACUUCAUAUGCAUGAGACAGGUUGGACUCUAUACUACAGUGACUGUCAUCUGACUCAAAUAACACAGAGGAAGUAUAAACAGCAGACUCAAAGAUGGCUCGUUAUUAUCACAGUGAAAAAGAGGGAGUUAUAAAUGGCAGAUCCAAUACCUCAGUGAGGGAAAGGGACAGCUUGCAGGAAUGAGAUUUGGGUUCUGGUAAAAGGUUAAUCAGGUCCAUGCUGUCGAAGAGGGUGGGGGAUAUAGCUCAGCUCAGAGUCUGAAGAAACUACACAUCCCCUGCAAACUGACUCUGUGUCUUUGUAGCACUUACUGUUUAUUGGUUGAACCUACAGACCAGACAGGCCAGCUGAACUUACUCAGCAUAACUGUCUAACAUCAAAAAUACCUGUGUCUGUGAACUGUGUGUAAAGGUAUUUAUUACAUGUCCUGAUAACCUAGCUGUUGUAUGAUUGGAGUCUGUAUUCUGCCCCAGUGCUCUAAGUAUUUGCAACCUGUUCCUCUCUCCUCUAGCAUGAUCUCUGUGCUGUUUGUUUUGUGGGAACCAUGCAUGUUCUGUGAUUCUUUCCCUCAUCACUAUAUCAGUUUUUAUAUAAAAAUGAAAGCAAAUGGUGAAAACAGA